AAUAGGAUCUAGGAUGCACCCUGUACACGUGCAGCACAUGCUCUGUACGGUAGACUACACUUCACAUGUAACUCUUUUCCUCAGCGACCGGUUUCAGAUACCACCCGUCGAGAACAAGGGAUGGACUUAUCCAUUGUGUUAGACGAGCUCUGUUGUCGGGCAUCCGGAUUCAGCAUCAAUCUCAACGGUCGAGUCCGUCGUACCUCGGGAAGGAGUGCUCUGCGCGGUGGUACCGCCGGCGUACACCACGGUACUUUGACCCCGGAUGGCACCGAAGUGGCAAUCAAAACCUUCCAUUGCACGCACUCGGGGGAUGCAGAUGCAUUCAAGCGUAUCUUUCGAGAGGUACAUAUAUGGUCGAAGCUACGUCAUGAAAAUGUCGUUCGCAUGCUCGGGAUCUCUACCGAAUUCGAUUCCACAGUUUCCAUAAUAUCUGAAUGGAUGUCAUUGGGAAACGCGCACAACUAUGUCCAAAGCAUAGAAAAUGAUCCGCGGUCGUUGCUCGAAGACAUUGCUAGCGGACUAUGCUAUCUCCAUAACUACGUUAGUCCACCGGAUCCGAUAGUCCACGGAGAUCUGAAGGGUGUAAAUGUGCUGGUGUCCAGUGAUCGCCGCGCGCUACUGAGUGACUUCGGUCUUUCCACUGUAAAUAUAUCCACCUUCAGCAUGACUGUCGAUGCUCUCCGCGGCGGGGGCUCAUUGCAUUGGAUGGCCCCAGAGCUUCUAGAUGACUACCCUCCAUCAAAAGAAAGCGACGCGUGGGCCUUGGGGAUGACGAUUUUGGAGUUGUUCACUCGAUCAAUACCUUUCCGUGACUGUCGAAAUAUGGGAAGUGUCACACGUAGGAUAACAGAGGGGAAACCGCCAACUCGCCCUGUUGGGGAGUCGACACAAUUCCGUCUAUCGGAUGCGUGGUGGGAAAUUUGCACGACAUGCUGGAGACGUGAUCCUUCAUCACGGCCCACAAUAGAGGAUAUCAUAGAAAAGAUCAAGGCAGCCAUCCACCAAGCUGGACCUACUGCAAUGCCACCCGAAGCGGCUGCCUCUGGACAUCCAACCUCGAAAGAGCCAGAAAGUUACCAGAUACCACGAGAGACACUGGUCGAUGAGGUCGUUAGGCGGGAUGCUACGACAGAUCAAGCGUUGGAAGGCAGUACAGCUAUGGAAACGGUUAUGUACGACCGGGCUUCUGAUACUGCGGUCCCUGGAACCUACAGGCCCGGAACGCGAAGGACUAGCAAGAAGAGUAUUAUCAAAGGUCUACGAUUUCUGCACGUACGGGGCAAAGCACCCGUCAAGCUCGGCUUCGUACCCCAAACACAGCCUGGCGUUUUGGCUCCGAAUGUACCUGGAAACCCUGCGGCUUCACAAUCAACCACUGAGCAACCAAUCGCCACUCAUUCCACAUCGGUUCAGGAUGCAGUUCGAAGUGCAGGUACACGUGUAGCCGCUGACAUACCUGCACCUGCCAACACACUUUCACCUCCCAACGCACUUGCACCUCCCAAUCGCAAAGAUUUACGACCGACCACUGAUGAUCUCAUUCAGCAGUGUCCUCGUUUCCGAGUCUUAUUAGUUGGAAAGUCAGGCGUUGGAAAAUCUACUUUGAUAAAUCGAAUCUUUGGCGUGGAUUGUGCCAAUGUAGCAAAGGAUAGACCAGGGAAUGCAGAAAUUGAACAGGAAUUCACUUCGCCAGAGAACAACUGGCUCAUUUUGCAUGAUAGCAGAAGUUUUGAGGCGGGCGACGCUGGUAACUAUGAAGUCGUGAAGUCAUUCAUAGUAGAGAGGAAGAGAGAACCCGGGAUCAAAGAUCAGCUUCACGCGGUCUGGUUGUGUUUGCAAAUACCCAUUCCGACGCACGGUGAACCACUUUUGGAGGGCGCUGCAGAAGCGUUUUUAGAAAUAAGGAAGGAAGUCCUAGGGAAUACGCCGACGAUAGUCGUAUUCACGAAAUAUGACCGGCUCGUGAGUUUCAUGCGGCAGAGAAUGCCAGGCGAUCCUGAAGCAGGGCAACGAUAUCUGCAAGAGGAAUGCGUCCAGAAAAUCGAAGACUUUACUAGAGAGAAUAUUGCACAUGUUGUAGUCAGCUCGAAGCCCAGGUAUGAGCAGGGGCUUGAGGAGCUGAUAAGCCUUACUCAGGACAUGAUAUCUAUGAGUUUCACCUCCCCGGAGAACCAAGUAUCGCCAGUGCCUCUGGCAGCUGCAGGAGCACAACGAAUGUUGCCUAUAUGA